ACUUGCUGUCAUCACUGAUUUUGCCCUGGCUUCUGCCAACUUGCAGACAUGCCUCGCCAAUUCCCCAAGGUAAUUCUGAGUGAGGCUGAGGAGGAGACCCAACUCCUGGCAGAGAAGGUGUAUGCGUCGGCUCUGAAAGAAGAGGACAAUAAGGAUGCAUUGUCUAUGUUCACGGUGCCUGAGGACUGCCCGAUUGGCCUCCAACAAGCCAAAGAGCAUGAACUGCUUAAGGAGCUGGCUGAGCAGCAGUCUGAGGAGAGCACCAAGAGAAGGAAAAGCCUGAAGAUGAUUCGUUCCCAGUCCAUGUCCUUGCAGGUCCCAAUCAAUCCAGACUGGACUUGGCCAGGGGCUCUGGCGCCAUUCCAAUCGCCCAGCCCCAGCUCACUGUGCUCAUCGUUACAAGAAUACUGCCCUGACUACCAGAGGGUCACAAUUAGUGGUGAUUACUGUGCAGGAAUCACAGUGGAAGACUAUGAGCAGGCGGCCAAAAGUCUUCUCAAGGCACUUCUCAUUCGUGAGAAAUAUUCUAGGUUAGCCUAUCACAGAUUCUGCAGAACUACAGCCCAGUUCCUUCGCCGCUCUGAAAAUCUGAGUUGGUGUGAAGAGGAUGAUGUUCAGCCAGAUGGUGAGGAUCCCUAUAGUAUGGAGAACAUUCCAGAGAACCUGACCUAUGAACUGCAGAUGAAGGAUGGGAUAAUGUAUGUGUACGACAGUGCUGAUGCUCUCAGAGCAAAUUGUCCACAUGACCUUCCUUACCCAGACCUGGAGACAUUUGCUGUAGAUCUCAGCCACGCGCUGGCAAUGAUUGCAGAUGGCCCCACAAAAACAUACUGCCACAGACGACUCAACUUCUUGAGUUCCAAGUUCCACCUUCAUGAAAUGCUCAAUGAGAUGGCUGAGCUCAAGGAACUAAAAGGAGUGCCGCACAGAGAUUUCUACAAUGUGAGAAAGGUGGAUACACACAUUCAUGCAGCUGCAUGCAUGUCCCAGAAGCACUUGUUGACCUUCAUACAGAAAACAUACAACACAGAUUCAGACCGUGUGGUUAUGGAAAAGGCUGGCCAGAAGAUGACUCUCCAACAGGUGUUCCACAGUCUCAACAUGGACCCCUACGACCUUACUGUGGACUCCCUGGAUGUACAUGCUGGGAGGCAAACAUUCCACCGCUUUGACAAAUUCAAUUCCAAGUACAAUCCAGUUGGAGCCAGUGAACUCAGGGAAAUCUUCCUCAAAACUGACAACCUACUCAACGGCGAGUAUUUUGCACGCAUUAUUAAGGAAGUGUCCCAUGACUUGGAGGAGAGUAAAUACCAGCACGCAGAGCCACGCUUGUCCAUCUACGGGCGCUCACCAGACGAGUGGCCCAGCCUGGCUAAGUGGUUUAUUAUGCACAAAGUACACUCGCCCAACAUGAGAUGGAUCAUUCAAGUGCCUAGAAUAUAUGACAUAUUUAAGUCAAAGAAGUUGGUGCCCAAUUUUGCUAAGAUGUUAGAGAACAUAUUCCUUCCUCUCUUUGAUGCAACUCUUCACCCACAAAAUCAUAAAGAGCUUCAUGUAUUCCUCAAAUACGUGUCAGGCUUUGACAGCGUAGAUGACGAGUCCAAGCACAGCGAUCACAUGUUCUCAUUCAGGAGCCCAAAACCCGAACAGUGGACUGGAGAUGAGAACCCUCCAUACAGCUACUACCUCUUUCAUAUGUAUGCCAACAUCAUGGUGCUCAACAAUCUCAGAAAAGAGCAUGGCCUUAGCACCUUCCAGUUUCGCCCUCAUUGUGGGGAGGCUGGCUCAAUCACUCAUUUGGUGUCGGCCUUCCUCACAGCAGACAACAUCUCACAUGGACUCAACUUGAAGAAGAGCCCUGUGCUUCAGUAUCUGUACUACUUGGCCCAAGUGCCCAUUGCAAUGUCUCCACUGAGCAACAACAGCCUGUUCCUGGAAUACUCCAAAAACCCUCUACGAGAGUUCCUGCACAAGGGCCUCUGUGUGUCCCUGUCUACAGACGACCCCAUGCAGUUCCACUACACCAAGGAGCCUCUGAUGGAGGAGUAUGCUAUUGCAGCUCAGCUGUGGAAGCUCAGCACGUGCGACGUGUGUGAGAUAGCCAGAAACAGCGUGCUGCAAAGUGGACUGCCUGAACAGGACAAGAAGCACUUCAUAGGAGUGAACUAUCUUAAAGAUGGCCCUGAGGGUAAUGACAUUCGCCGCACCAACGUGGCCCAGAUCCGCAUGGCCUACAGACAUGAGACUCUCUGCAAUGAACUCAGUUUUCUUGUGGAUGCUGUCAAGUCCGAAGCAAUGAACUCUGUUGUAUGAAUACGUCCAAGAACUCUUAGUAAAUACUGUACAUGUACAUCUUUUAUUAAGUGCCAGUAGCGGCAAAGCAAUCAAAGAUAUAUGCAGUCAUAUUUCACUGAUCUCAAGUUGACAAGAAGAAAACAAUGACAGAUCAGGGGUUUUCAAAGGAUGAGGCAGGCCUCCCCUGAGAGGUGCCAGAAGACUUCUGGGGCGAUGCAGCUUGAGAAAAAUAAAGAAAAAGAGUUUUCAAUCUAGUUCAAGGCAUAUUGAAAUCUCACUGUGAAAUGCUUUGAAAACCCCUGUCUUAGAUGAUAAAUCUCCUGCCUUACAGGUUUAAACAAGCGUUACGACUGGUCAGACGUGUGUGUGUGAAGGACACACACUCCAUCUUCACACAAAGCCACAAUGAAUAAACAUUUUCACUUCACACUGUGUUACAUGCGGGUGGUAUGUGUUAGUGCUGCUUUGAAACAGGAGAUUUGUCCUUUACUGUUUACACAAGACACACAAAAGAAUCUGUUGCGCAAGCUUUGCACACAUUAGCUUUGGACACAUGUGAUUGCACAGAUACACAACGUCCAGUUUGUCCUUAAACUGUCACUUCUUCCAUGUACUUGAAGUAUCAGAGAAGCAGUGCAU